CAGUGAGAAUCUCAGUCAUUGUCCGUCUGCAUCACGUGAUUUUGCUCAGUUCAUCUGUAAGAUGAAUCAUCUUCCUAACCUUACACUCUUCGGUCAGUAUCAUGAUGACUUCUACUCAACAGCAUCGUCGAUGGCAUCAACUGCAAAGAUUGAGAUUAUUCAUCACAAUGAGAAUCUCAGUCAACGUCCGUCUGCAUCACGUGAUCUUGCUCAGUUCAUCUGUAAUAUGAAUCAUCUGAAGGACCUCACACUCUCCAGUCAGUAUCAUGAUGACUUCUACUCAACAUCAUUGUUGAUUGCAUUAACUGCAAAGAUUGAGAUUCUUCGUCACAAUGAGAAUCUCAGUCAACGUCCGUCUGCAUCACGUGAUCUUGCUCAGUUCAUCUGUAAGAUGAAUCAUCUGCAGAACCUUACACUCUCCGGUCAGUAUCAUGAUGAAUUCUACUCAACAGCAUCGUCGAUGGCAUCAACUGCAAAGAUUGAGAUUCUUCAUCACAAUGAGAAUCUCAGUCAACGUCCGUCUGCAUCACGUGAUCUUGCUCAGUUCAUCUGUAAGAUGAAUCAUCUGCCUAACCUCACACUCUCCGGUCAGUAUCAUGAUGAAUUCUACUCAACAGCAUCGUCGAUAGCAUCAACUGCAAAGAUUGAGGAUCUUCAACCCAAAGAGAAUCUCAGUCAACGUCCGUCUGCAUCACGUGAUCUCGCUCAGUUCAUCUGUAAGAUGAAUCAUCUGAAGAACCUCAGACUCUCCGGUCAGUAUCAUGAUGUCUUCUACUCAACAUCAUUGUCGAUGGCAUCAACUGCAAAGAUUGGGAUUCUUCAUCACAAUGGGAAUCUCAGUCAAUGUCCGUCUGCAUCACGUGAUUUUGCUCAGUUCAUCUGUAAGAUGAAUCAUCUAAAGAACCUCAGACUCUCCGGUCAGUAUCAUGAUGACUUCUACUCAACAUCAUUGUCGAUGGCAUCAAGUGCAAAGAUCGAGGAUCUUCAACCCAAAGAGAAUCUCAGUCAACGUCCGUCUGCAUCACGUAAUUUUGCUCAGUUCAUCUGUAAGAUGAAUCAUCUAAAGAACCUCAGACUUUCCGGUCAGUAUCAUGAUGACUUCUACUCAACAGCAUCGUCGAUGGCAUCAACUGCAACGAUUGAGAAUAUUCAUCUCAAAGAGAAUCUCAGUAAACGUCCGUCUGCAUCACGUGAUCUUGCUCAGUUCAUCUGUAGGAUGAAUCAUCUGAAGAACCUCACAAUCGACGGUCAGUAUCAUGAUGACUUCUACUCAACAUCAUCGUCGAUGGCAUCAGCUGCAAAGAUUGAGAUUCUUCAUUACAGUGAGAAUCUCAGUCAACGUCCGUCUGCAUCACGUGAUCUUGCUCAGUUCAUCUGUAAGAUGAAUCAUCUGAAGAACCUCAAACUCUACGGUCAGUAUCAUGAUGACUUCUACUCAACAUCAUCGUCGAUGGCAUCAACUGCAAAGGAUGAAUGCAACACGAGUUCAACUGUGACUAAUCUGACCGUUACUGAUAAGGCACUAAGAGAAUGGCAGGAUUGUGGAUCGAUGUUUGACAAUGUGAAGAGGAUCACCAUACAGGUACGGGGCGCGAUCAGAUGUGACGUCAUCCAGAGGAUCCAUCUACCAGCAGUGACAGAAGUCACCAUUCAAACAAAUGAGCGUAGAUUUCUCCCGUCUUCUCUCCCACUGAUCCCUUCUGAUCCCACUUCACUGUCCAAUGCACUUCGCAAGGUCUCAUCUCAGCUUGUCAAUGUCACAUUCACAGAUCUCAACAUCGGUAACGAUCAGACCGAACACAUCAUUCAAGCUUUCAAAUCAACACACGAUCUCAAAAAUCUGAGGAUCCUGGGAUUAAUAAGAUGUGGGACUGAUGAGAGCUUAGAUCCUUCUAGCAUUGAUUCUAAUGAUGAACAUAGGAUACAGGUGGAGAUAGUACAUGGCGAACCAGAGACGUAA